UAUGACCGCUAUGUUGCCAUCUGCAAACCUUUGCAUUAUAUGUCCAUCAUGAGCAGCAGAGUUUGUUAUCAGCUUGUACUCAGUUCUUGGGCAACUGGAUUCCUGGUCAGUUUCAUUUUAUUGAUUUUGAUUCUUCAUUUGGAUUUCUGUGCUUCAAAUAUAAUUGAUGGUUUCAUUUGUGACAUUUCUCCUGUCCUGCAACUUUCUUGCUCAGACACACACUUAGUGGAACUGAUUACUUUUUUCUUAGCUGUGAUAACCCUUAUUGUCACACUGUUAUUAGUAAUCCUUUCUUACUCUUACAUCAUCAAGACAAUCCUAAAAUUCCCUUCCGCUCACCAAAAGAAAAAAGCCUUUUCUACCUGCUCUUCUCACAUGAUUGUUAUAACCAUCACUUAUGGGAGUUGUAUAUUCAUCUACAUGAAGCCAUCAGCAAAUGAAAGAACCUCUUUAAGCAAAGGAGUAGCUGUGCUCAAUACAUCAGUUGCUCCUCUGUUGAACCCUUUCAUUUAUACUCUGAGGAACCAGCAGGUUAAACAAGCCUUCAGAGAUGUAUUUAGAAAGGUACUUCCU